UUGACCCCAUGUCCCUCGCCCUCCUGUCCACCUCCAGGAAACGCCUUCGUGGUGAGCCUGGCCUUCGCUGACCUGGUGGUGGCCAUUUACCCCUACCCGCUGGUGCUGACCGCCAUCUUCAACGACGGCUGGAUCGCCGGCUACAUCCACUGCCAGAUCAGCGGCUUCCUCAUGGGCCUCAGCGUCAUCGGCUCCAUCUUCAACAUCACCGGCAUCGCCAUCAACCGCUACUGCUACAUCUGCCACAACCUCAAGUACGACAAGCUCUUCUCCGGCAGCAACACCAUGUGCUACGUGGUGCUGGUGUGGGCGCUCACCAUCCUGGCCAUCGUGCCCAACUGGUUCGUGGAGUCCCUGCAGUACGACCCGCGGGUAUACUCCUGCACCUUCGCCCAGUCGGUCAGCUCGCUGUACACCAUCACGGUGGUGGUGGUGCACUUCAUCCUGCCCAUCGGCAUCGUCACCUACUGCUACCUGCGCAUCUGGAUCCUGGUGAUCCAGGUCAGGCGGCGGGUCAAGCCGGACUCGCGGCCCAAGAUCAAGCCGCACGACCUGCGCAACUUCCUCACCAUGUUCGUGGUCUUCGUGCUGUUCGCCGUGUGCUGGGCGCCGCUCAACCUGAUCGGCCUGGCGGUGGCGCUGGACUCCAGGCUGAGCCGGGCCAUACCGGAGUGGCUGUUCACGGCCAGCUACUUCAUGGCGUACUUCAACAGCUGCCUCAACGCCGUGGUCUACGGCGCGCUGAACCACAACUUCAGGAAGGAGUACAAACGGAUCGUCCUGAUCGUCUUCAAGCUCCACUGCUGA